AUCAUUAUUAAUUUCACUCUCGCCGGGAAUGGAAUUUCGCGAGAUCUCAAUAUCGCCAUUUUAUGCUAACUUCUCGAAAUCGGAAUUGCACUUGUAAAUAAACCCAAGGAUGUGACAGGAAAAUACAUGCAUGGUGCUUGCAGAUAUUCAUCCUUCCGUGUGACUGGACCUGCAUGUGACUUGACCUCCGUAUGACUUGACCUCCGAGUGACUGGACCUCCGUGUGACUGGACUAGACCUUUGUGUGACUGGACCUCCGUGAGGCUGGACCUCCGUGGGACCUAAGUAUUUAGAAUGGUUGAACUUUGUGUUAGGGUAGUCGAGUUACUCUAAUCUUACUCUAAAGCUACAAUCUUAUUUGGCAUCAAUUGUUCAGCAAAGUAAAUAGCCAUGCCGUUCAUACAGCGGUGUAUAGAGCCGACGCAGGUGAGCCGCGAGGAGGUGGACAAGUCGGUCACUAACGAGCUGGAAUGUGUGACCAACCACACCCUAAGUAACAUCAUCCUUCAGCUGAGCAGUCUCAGUAAGCAUGCCGAGGACAUGUUCGUCGAGUUGACCGCAGAGGCUGAUCUGUUCUGUAAGCGGGCCGGCCAGCUCCAGUACAGAAUAAACCACCUUCGUGACAAAGUCACACAAUUAGAUGCAGCAGUAGAACCAGUGUCCCUACAGGAUAUCCACCUGAGGAAGCCUUUUAAGAGCUCCAUGCCUCACGACCAACAGGUGGUGUCACAGAUCACCAUGCCCCGCGCCAUCCAGAACAGUUAUAAUCAUUGUGAUCAGCCACCUGCUCUCAGUAAACUCGACGUAUUUAGGGAGGAUGGACGGGACAGUAUGAAAUUCUACACUGAUCCAGGAUACUUCUUUGAAUUAUGGUAUGCAGAAAUUCAAAAAGACAUCGAACAAAAACGAACAGAACUACGGAAAAAGAAACGACAGCGACCAGGCAAGGAGCAAACAGGAGGUCGACGACCGCGUCAGGUGGUCACAAAGAAGGAGAAGUAUGCCCAUGCAGCACAGGGUGUGGAGUUUAGUGAACAUUACAGAGACCCUAAGGCUCUGGGUAUUCAGCCCACAGCUAACCACUACUCUUCACAGAACCUCCACAAUGACGCUAGAAAUGCAGACCAGCAUCAGCGCCCGGGUAGUCUAGAUGUCCGCCACAGUCAGGCCAAGGGCCAUCCAAAGAAGGCUAAUGGGCCUCUCCCUGCUGGUCCUCCACCACCACAACAACCGGGGUACCCUCAACAACCAGGGCAGCAUAUACCUGAGCAGGAGUUCCAGACUCCACCCUACACCAACCACCAACCCUAUUCCUCUCCACAGCACCAACCAAACAGAAACUCUGCACGUCCACACACUGUGAUGCAGAGUCCUGCCCGCCCCUCCCAGCCUCCCCCUGCUCCUCCUCCAAUCAUGGGUGACCGACAGAGUCCUUCUACACGGGACAGUUUGCCCCCACCUCCACCCCCACCAGACCCCCACAUGUCGUACACUCCCAGCCCCCAGACAACUCCUCAGCCAGUGCGUCACCCACUGGUCCAUCAGAACAGCCAACACUCUCCUGCACACCAACCUAGUCCGCCCCGACAAGACUCCACCACUGUCCUUCCUCCUCCUCCACCCUCCCCUCCUAACUCACAGACCCCAGACACCCCGGUCAAUCUGCCACCCCCACCCUCUCCUCCAGGCAUGGGCAUUUUGCCCCCACCUCCUCCCCCUCCUCCUCCACCCCCUCCCCCUCCUCCUGCAGAGGCAAAGCUGAACGGCAUCGUUCACAUGGCCCAUGACACAACAUCCAUCUCCUCCUCAACUAGCUCAAUGACAACAGGGUCUACAGGAAACAUGCCUGAGCCACCGCCUGCCGGCAGUGGGCGGAGUGCCCUCCUGGAGGAGAUACGCAACAAAGAAUUGUACAGUCAGCUAAGGAAGGUGGAGGAUCGUAAGAAGCAGGAGGAAGAGAAGAGAACACCCACCGGACGCUUUGAUGUGCAUUCCAUCAUGAACAGGGCAUUUGAGGUUAGACGCAAAGCCUUGGAGGCAAGUGACACAGAGAGUGAGGAUGGAUCUUCAGAGGAGGAAUGGAAUUGAUUGGUCAUCACGUGUUACUAUGGAUACAUUAUACCCAGAAUGUGAUUGGUCAAUGAGGCAUAUAAUCCUUAAGCUUGCAUUAUUAACCAGGAUUGUGUAAGGGCUGUCUAGAAGGUUUCGUGGGGAGUUCUGAUUGACUUCGGAACAGACUGGUUUGGAAUGUGUUGUUUAUAUCCCUAACCCUUAGGGAUAAAGCAUAGCCUGUUUGUGGUCGAGUGUACUUCAGGUACAUAUUCUGUGCUUACGCAUGAGUGACCAGAGGACUCUACUUAGAACGGCAAGAAACGGAGUGACAAGACAAUUGUACUAAGAGCUGAAAGAUGCAGAGUGACCUGAUGACUAUACUUAGAGCGGCGAAAUAGCUACUACUUAUCCUCAGCAGGCCCUGUAUGGCUGUUGUUGCCAUAGAAAUAGUUUUAUACACACAAGCUAUAAACAUACUAUACUUUUUACAUAACGUUUUGCUUGUAAUAAUUUUAAUUAUUCAGAUUUGAAAAUUGUUAUAUAUAUAUAAUUAUAUAUGAUACUGUACUAAUCCUCAUUUAUAUCAUUAAUCGAAAACAUGUUGACAUGUUUUAUCAGCGGUGUUUAGGAUCCUAGUAUAAUAAACUAGUGUAAGAUCCUGCAAUAUUUUACCCUAUCUGUGACCUAUACAGGGCUAACAUAAUUCUCAUAUGGGUUUCCCCUGCUUUAAUUGUCAUAGAACUGACUAGUAUCUUGGGUGUCUGUAAGGUUGCAAACUUUUCUUAAAAGUAUAAGUGUCUCCCACACUCUGUAAACCAAGGGAGAUGUCUCUGUAGAAAUAACAAAAAAAUAUCUCCCAGACUUGGGUCUAGUUACUGGCCAGAGUACACCAGGGGAAAUAACGCCGUAAAAAUACUGACAAGUGUCUCCGUGACUUGUGUUUAGUAACUGGCCAGAGUACAUCAGGGGAAAUAACUCUGUACAAGUACUGACAAGUGUCUCCGUGACUUGUGUCUAGUUACUGGCCAGAGUACAUCAGGGGAAAUAACUCUGUACAAGUACUGACAAAUGUUUCCCAGACUUGUGUUUAGUUACUGGCCAGAGUACAUCAGGGGAAAUAACGCUGUACAAGUACUGACAAGUGUCUCCCAGACUUGUGUUUAGUUACUGGCCAGAGAACAUCAGGGGAAAUAACUCUGUACAAGUACUGACAAGUGUCUCCCAGACUUGUGUUUAGUUACUGGCCAGAGUACACCAGAAAAAUAACUGAACCAUUUAUGACAAACAACUCUCUGAAACAUCUCACUGAACUUGUUGUACUACACUGACAGGAGAUAGCUCUGUAUUGGUAACGAAAAAUUUAACACAGUCUCCUCAUCAUCCAUGUGCAGAAGAAAAUAUCUAAGGGGAGAUAAUUCCAAGGGAAGUUACUCCAAGUAACAAAGUGCCUCUAGUGACUGGGCAGUGUAUACAAGGGGAAAUAGCUCGGUAUAAGUAAUGAUAAGUGUGUCCAAGACUUGUCUGGAAUGACUUACCUGUACCCCAGGGGAAAUGACUUGCCUGUACCCCAGGGGAAAUAAUUGAAAUGACAAGUGUCUUGCAUGCUUGUCUCUAGUCACUGGCCUGGAUUUCUGUACACAAAAGGAGAUAUAUCUAUUGAAAUACAUGUACACGUCUCAACAAACAUUUCUGGUGAUUUGGUCAUAAAAGUACUAGUGAUGGAGCCAGACCAUUAACUGUCCCGUUGUGUAGGGGAGAUAAACAUGUUUAGAUGUUUCUGAGUUAGAAAUUUCAUUGUCCUAGGCAGACGGGCUCAGUUUGAAAACCAUCUUAAAAAAUAACGGUACAAGGUUUUUUGAUAUAUCUCAGAAUUUUUUGUUGUAUGUCACACUUUCACAAGGCAUUUCUGCUCUGUGGUACAUUCACGUGACUUGGUGUAAGCUGCUGGUGAGAUCUUGGUCUUCCCGUUUCCUGAAAUUUCAUAGAUUCUCAUUUCAGCAUGAGAUCAACCUCUGACAAAUACAAGCAUUGUUUAACGUCAAUUAAUGUUUGUAGUAGUCAUUGUAAUUGUUUUGGAAACAAAUUUUUUAUGGUCUAUUCAAGAACAACAUUGAGGAAUCAUGCUGUGGGAAUCCAAAGUAUUUACCUCCAUUUAUUAUUUCUUUAUAUCAUGCAAAGCCACCUCCAUUUGACACAAAAUUUUCAGUGUCAGUUGUAGGAGAAAAAUUCAGGUAUGCGUGUUGGAAAAGUAUUUCCUCCAGUUUUUGUAAUUUCAUCUUUAUUACCGUAUUAACGAUUGUAAAUAGAUAAGAGUGCAUGUAGACAUAUGUAAAGAUUCGUGCAAUAUUGUGUAAGUGAGGGUUUGUUGUGGUGAUUGUCUAUCCCGGUACUACAUAACCAGAUCAUCACACAGGCCAGAGUGGUCAAUAUAUCCUAGUAAGGGUGCUAUUUUCACCAGUAAACAUUCUCCUGCUUAGAUUAUAAGCUCAAUGUUCCUUUAUUUCUUUUUUAUCCGUAAAAUAAUCUUAAAUCGAGAAUUUUCGGCAUACCAGUAAUUAAUACCGACUGUAAUACCAUAUUAAUAACGGAAGAAUCUAGAAAAGACUUAAUUGAGGAUGACAUGUACUCUGCACCCUUAUUAGGCUAUAAAAUCUACACAGUAUUUUUACGAAUAAUCUUCUAUUUUCAACCCUUAUAAAUAUACAGUAAAUAAUGUGUGUAUGUUGAGGGAUCAAUAUGUAUUGGCCUAGGCUGACUGUAUGUACUGGAGUUUAUCUGUAACCAUUUAAUAUACUCUGUAGUUUUAUACACGGAGAAAACAACAGGACUUUUUACUGUAACUACAGAACACAUAUAUAUAUGUAUGGUACCGAUACCUGGUAGGUAAUAUAUGAUGUGUAUUCUACAGAUUUACAAUGAUAGAACCAACUUGAAUCAAUAUUUGGACAUAUGUAUAUUUUGAGAAUGAAUGUUGUGAGUGGUAUGAAGUAUAAAUCGGUGUACAUUGCCUACUUGUACAUCACAUUAAUUAAUUAUUGCUACUAUGGUUUCUGGUUUCUCAUUAUUUUGUUACUUACUAUUUAUGAUCUGCCAUUCCCUACAGAUUAUAUUUGGCUGGCCAAUAUCAAUGGAGGAACAGUCCAUGAUGUCCACUAAGGGAUGGCAAGUACGUUACACAUCAGAGCCUCUAUUUAACCAAGUUUACAGUGUAUUACAAUUGUAGCGUGCCUGAUACAUCUCUCUUAGUGAUUUUUGUAUGUUAUGCAUGUGUGGCGAUAUAUAUACAACAUUUCAUUCUUGCUAUUAUCUACAAGGUUAAUCCUUCCUGUCACUCACAGGCCCUCAGUGAUCUGGAUUUACUUGUAACACCGUAGGGGUGGAAGGAUCAUACAGUGUUAGGGGUGGAAGGAUCAUACAGUGUUAGGGGGGGAAGGAUCAUACAGUGUAGGGGUAGAAGGAUCAUACAGUGUUAGGGGGGGAAGGAUCAUACAGUGUUAGGGGGGGGAAGGAUCAUACAGUGUUAGGGGUGGAAGGAUCAUACAGUGUUAGGGGGGGAAGGAUCAUACAGUGUAGGGGUGGAAGGAUCAUACAGUGUUAGGGGGGGGGAAGGAUCAUACAGUGUUACAUACAACUGUUGAUAUUACUAUUUCCAACAUUGUGUAGUCAGAUAUGUAUUGCGUCCCCUUUUAUUUCCCUAUUCUGUGUUCCUUUAUAGUUCAGGUUUCAUUCCGUUAUUACAACACGAUAUAUCCAAAGUGGUUCACUUAUGCUACUUAAACUUCAUUAUCUGUGCUGAAACAUGACCAUCUAGGUAUCCAUUUCCAAAGACUUGAGCUUUAAAUAAGAAAUAAAACAAUGAAGCCAACAUAAGUUACAACAGGGGCGUCGGAUAUUAUGAACUGUUAUGGGAUUUUUAGUACAAUUAUUCACAUUUUGAAGAAGGAGUUAACUAUUAUAUAUUAUAUAUCUUUAAGAUAUAAUUGACAGAACUAUAGACAUAUAUGAAGUAGAUUUAAACUAGAGAAUUAUCAAGAUCAAAUUUAACAGUCUGGGAUGAAGGUGUCUUCACGAUUUCUGUGCGAUACAACUUACAACUACAGUUGUCUCCCCUUAGCUAAAAGUAAAGCAUUUCAGCCCUGUUUGAAUCUUUAAUAUCUGUCACAGCAUAACAAUGGAAGGGAAAUGGUUGGUAACAGUUGAUCCUCCUGACAAUUAUCAUUUAAUACAGGGGCUUGUAUUUUAACAUCAAAUUUCCAACUACAAAUAUUUUCCUUUAUUAUACAAGACUGGAUGGAACUGUCAAGGCCCUGUGUAAAUUAAAAAGUUCUGUAUGUAUCCAUUACCAAAGAGAUACAGAUGUGAUGUAUGUUACAAGGUGCUGUCUAGUGUGCUGGGCACUGUGUCAUUGUAAAUACGCAUAUUUAUAGAGCUUCUUGUAUGUUCUUCACUUAACCAGUCUCUAAUUGUUACAUGUAAAACCAUCUGAGAAAAGUCUACCUUUCUUUUCCUAACAAAAACGAUUUGCUGUUCAUGUCGUUAUUUAAAAUUUAAUAAGCGUUUUUUUCUCAAUAUUAUGAACCAGUUUUGAAGUUUUGUAAGCGGCGGUUCUCUUCUAUGUCCUUUCCUUUUUUGAAUUAAAGGAAAAGCUCAAGUGACAUGAAACUAUUUGACAGAAAAUUAAGCAUAAUAAAUUUGAAUGUAUCUAUCUAUGUUUCUGUAUUGAAGUGGUAAAGUCAGCAUUAUGCAGAGUGUUCUCUAUGUUACACUAGUACACCAAAUUGACUGGGCGUUGGGCCAUAAAGUGCUACGGUGUUCUAGGUUUGCUCCAUGUCUGUGUAUUGUGACCUCCACCUGUGUACAGUAUCUGUAUAGUUAUCUGUUGUACCCAUCCUGUACAUAACCAUACAUGGUGCUGACUAACGCACCAUCCUGCUGUAUUUAGGCAAUAAAGUCUGGCUUCACAUCAUAACAA